GUGAUUCUGCAUACCCCCUUCUACCUUUUCUAUUGACGCCAAAAUUAAAUGAAGAAGAAGGAACUCCAGGUGCAAGAUACACAGAUCAUCAUGUUCGGACUCGUGUGGCUAUAGAGCGUUGUUUCGGCAUUUUAAAAGGUCGCUGGCGUUGUUUACGGAAGGAACGAGCUUUACAUUAUCGUCCACAAUUCGCAGCUCUUAUUGUCAACGCUUGUUGCGUUCUGCAUAAUAUGGCGAUCAAAUGGGGGAUUCCUUGUGAUGAAAUACAUCUGGAUGAAUUAGAUAUAGCACCACCGAUACCAUAUCAUGAUAUUAACGAAGAACGUGGAGAACAAACCCGAAAUCGUGUGAUCCAAUGGUAUUUCACAAAUUGA